AUGCAAGAUUUCCUAGAAAGCAGCGAUACAUAUCGACGCCCAGAAGCCAACUGGCGCCGAAUGCUUGUCCAGCAACCACCCAUCCUAACUCUCGGGUGGGUAGAGCGCGGCAUCGCAAUCUCGGAUAUGGUGGACUUGCACCGCUGGGAGGUUCCGCUGCAGGUCUUUGGGGGACUACGAAUGAAUAUGCUCUACGACAUCGUUGUUAAUAGCUCCGAGACCUCGUCGGACUACUUUUAUUUUAGAGUAUUGUGGUCUUGGUACGACAGUUUUGUGGAUGAGUUGUGCUCACUCAAAUCGGAUCCAGAUAUUUCAUAUCACGGGGAGAGGGUCACGGAAGCACUCAGAAAGGGGAUGCAGAGUGCAGAUGUUGUUCUUGAUAUGUAG